GAUGCGCUCCGGCUCCCCCGCCUGCCUUCCUGCGCGGGGCACACGUGAGUCCGAGGAGCCCCCUCCCCUUCCCCCUCUCCUGCGUGGGCUGGAGGCUCCGUGGGUCGCGGAAGGGCUGCUUCCUCCCCAGAGGGCGCGCUGGGAGAAGACGACGACGACGAGGAGGACGCGGCGGCAGCAGCCAAGCAGAGGCGCCGCUGCAGCUCAAGGUCACUCCGGGCGACCCCGUUUCCCGGCUCCGGGCCCCCGACCCCCUUCUCCUCCCCACCGAGGCCGAGCCAAAGGCGGCCUUGGCGCAAGGCCUAAUGAAGUGUACCAUCACCAUGGUUUCCUUAGAAGAAAACAUAUAAUAGCUUGAAGAAGCAUUUUAAAAAAUUAAUAAUGUAUCCAGUUCCUGGUACCGUGAAUGGAGUAGAAGGAGACAAUGGACACCCUAGGAAGCUUAUCUCUUUCCUUUUUGUUUUUGGCAUUACGUUGUUAUGUGCUGGAUUUCUGCUUUCAAUGUUUGUCUUGCAGACAUGUCCAAGUGGGGGCUUUGGCGACUGUAAAGGAGCCCUUAAAAUCAUCGGGCCCUUACUUGCUGUGGUUGGACUAGUUUGCAUCAUUCUGGCACAGUCAAGAGCCAAAGGCUACCUUCAAGAAGUCCAGCUGCACAAUGACCAGGUCUACGGUUUUGUUUUUUGUCGAGGAAACUGCCAGUUUGCUCAGUUUCUGGUCUUCGGCUUUUUAUUUUUAACUAGUGGGAUGCUUAUUAGUGUCCUUGGCAUAUGGAUCCCUGGAUGCAGCCCAGGAUGGCGUUACCAGCAACAGUUUAACCACAGCAAUACAUCCAGCGUUGAACUUCAAGACUGUGGAUUUCAUUCUGUUCAAACGAUGGGCCCUUUGAUUGUGCUUAUUGGAUUGUGUUUCUUUGUGAUAGCUCACAUUAAAAAGAAACAAAAUGUAAAUCUCGUUCAAGAAUCUUCUGCCCAUGAAGAGGAGCAACUCAACCCUGAUUCAUUUCAUGUUACUGUAGGUGAUACUGUAAUGGUGUUUCCGCCGCCGCCGCCACCUUACUUUGCUGACUAUCCAUUGCAAACAGUAACUCCUAGUUUGGAGACAAAUGAUUUGAUUUUAAGUGAAAAUCCUCCACCGUACAACAGUGCUUGUGGUAACUGAGCACAGACUUGUAAUGUAUGUGACCUGGCUGGUUACAGGGCAAGUAAGCUGUUGUGUGCCAAGUCGGGAAUUGAUUCAUCCUCUGAGACUUUCUGCUCUCUAUCUUUCUUCUGAGUCAUCUCCAUGAUAGAAGGCAAAUGAAGCAGCUGUAAAUAAUGAAUGUGUCUUGUCUUCUCCCUUCAAUACUGAGAUUAUCCAUUGCUGUAUGCUUAUCACAAGCUCUGAGAAAAACCCAGAGCUGGAAUGGAAUGAAAUGGAAAGGAAGGAAGAUUGUUGUGUCAAAUAAGGGAAGGAAAAAACUACAGAAGUUCAGACUGUGAAUAAACUGAGAUGGAAGAGGCUUUGAGACUUCCUUAGCAGCCAGCAAAGAGAGCAACAAGCUCAACCUGUAAGGUAGCAGAGGAUGUUCUAGAAGAGACCCAGCCAAGCCAAGACUUCUUCCACUUGCAAACCAAAGGCAAACUACUCUGGAAAACCUCCGGAGAGGUAUUUGUGAUAGCAAAGACCAGAAAGUCUUAACAGAAAAUCUUUCAGUAGGACCAGAAAACUCAAAGUUGCAGUCUUUAUUCCUGGUAUUCCUUGUAUACAAGUCAAAGGCAAGUUUAGGGGCCAAAAUUAUGGAUUUUGAUAUGACCUGUGAAUGUUGAGGGUCAUUCUAUGCAGAGGAGAAAGCAUCAGUCCUUUGAGGACAAAAUUCAAAGAGCUGCUGUCAUUACCAUGUGCCUAUCCAGGCAUUCAAAUAGGCCAGAAGCAGUGCCAUGGCAGAGAGGAUAAAGGGAGUUGGUACUUCUUUUAGGUAAACAGACUAAGCUCUCACCGUUCACCACUCUACUCAGAGAAGGGGAUGGUUCCUUUUUUUGAUAAAAGUUAAGAUUCAGUAGUUACAUUGAUCCAUGGAUAAAUUCACCCAAGGUUAUUUGACUAAAAUUUCUAGACUUAUACUUGAGUAUAUGCCAGUAGCUGCUAUCUGGACCAAAAGCUAGGGUACACACCAAUCAUAGGGAGAAGACAUUCUUGUAGCUUUGUAUACCUCUUCAUUUCUUUCUCCUGGCUGUUGACAAAUUCAGAAUUAAAGAUAAUAAAGCUUUGAGGUUUAUUUUGUGUUUGGGGAGACCGUAAUGACUCAAAGGUAUGCAUUUAUAAAUGUGAGAUAGAAAAUGAUUAAACAUUGUGCUAGAAGAAAAGCCGUAGCAUAUGUUGUGUCUUUAGUGUUUAAUUAAUGUGGCAUAUAGCAAGUCUUAGCUUGCAGAAAUAAGGGCCAUGCUAUAAGUUACAGAGGGCAUAUACUUGCUACCCACAUAUUCAUAUCUGUACUCAAAUGCACAUGUGCAUCCGUCUCCCUGUUAAAGUUUAGUAAGACAUGUACAAUGUGACAUUACUAUCUUUAGUUUUCUCUUCUUCAGUUUAUUAGCUGGUGCUUGCAGGAAGUCGGAGCCACUGAAUAGAAUGUAACUUUUUUCCAGUUCCUACUUGAGAUAUCCAUCCUGAUGGAGGGUUGGGCAGCAUCCGUGCUUUCCUUGCAAUAUUUAGUCUGUGGCAGUAAUUCUUCCCUGCCAUUGGCAGUAAGAUAAUGUUGCACAUGCUACAGAUUUGUAAAUUAGAAAUUGUAAAGAGAGAGGUGGGGAUUUUUAUGUUAUUUUAUUGCUGUCUAUAACAAAUCCAAUGUUGGAAAACACUGUUUGUCUUCUAAAUGCCUCAGUUCCUUUCCAAAGAAAUCUGGCGCAUUGCUUCCAAAAGCAAGGGAGCAUGCAAGGUUUAUUAUAUAUAAAUUCUUGAAAAUAUUACUUUUUCAGUGAAGCUAUAAGGAAACUCCAAAGGAUGGUACUUUAUUCACACCACUGACCUACCUUUCUGGGUUGCUAUUGAUACACAACCCGCAAUAUAUUUCCUUACUUAUGUGAGGAACCGUAGGUGUUUCCAAAGACUGUUUAACUUAGUCUGGUUGGGUUUGCUCUCUUUUUCCCACCCCCUUCUUGAAUCCCCAGAUAUAAAAAUGAUUAGUUUCCAAAUACCUGUUUUCUGUCUCUAAAAUAUCUACUGUAAUUUUCCAGAAAUGACCUGUGAUAUGAACAUGAAAGUAAAAAAACUUGUGCACUGUUAAAUAUGUCUCAUAUAAUUUACUACAAGGAUUUUUUUUCAAAGGCAACAGCUUAUUUAUUUCACUUGUUCUUCUAACUUGAGCUCUGAAAUAAAGUAUUUUGUUAUCACCAUUA